AUGAAUUAUUUAAUUAUUCCUGGAAUUGACAAAUUUAAAACUAUUGAAAGUGAAACAAUGAAACAUAUAAAAGAAUUUACUGAAAUUACUACAGAACAUAAAAAAUAUGAUCAUGUUUUACCUUUAUCUAAUGUUAAUGAUAAUAAUAAUAAUAAUAAUAAUAAUAAUAACAUUGAUAAUGAUAAAAGUCAAUUUGAUAUAAAUAAGUUUAUCAAUCCAAAUCAGAAUAAGAUUAAUGAUUAUUCUGUUGAUUUAUCUAUGGAGAAUAAACAAAUAGAAACUUUAUCAUCAAAUGAAAAGUUGAAUAAACUAAAUCAUCAAAAAUAUGAUAUUUCGCCUAGAAUGAAUCAGAAACAAGUAAAUAAUAGUAAUAUACUGUUAUAUAAAUAUUCUCAUAAAGAACAAGAUAAAAUAGCUGCUGCCAAUAAUAAUAACAACAACAAUCCGUAUGUGUCAAAGCAUGUUGAUAUUCAAUCAAAUGAAGAAUUUCUAUACAAUAAACAGAUAAUUAAAAGUCGUCAAUCUUCAAGUUAUAUUAUUCUUCGUCCACGGAAAAUAAAGUAGUGAUAUUGAUGAUUUUCUUUAUAAUAUAUAUUCACUGACCAAUGGUUAUUAUCAUAGUAUGCUGAAUUUUGGACAGGAACCUGAUGUGUAAUAUUGAGGGUGAUCAAUGAGUGUAGACAAACAGUCAAAUUAUGUGUGAUUUCCUUUCUUGUUAUUGACUUAUUGAGUGUGACUGUUGGUAGUUGUAUUGAAUAAAGUAUUAUCUAGUGUUA